CAAGUUUUAGAAAGGAGCACAGACUAGACUUCAGAAGAUUUGCUUAGAAUGGGAAAGGGGCUGUGACUGGGGGGAUAUGUCUUCAGCUUGUUGUCAAGAGUCCAGGUCUUGCCGUUUGAUUAGCUCUAUGACCUUUUACAGGUAAUAAGAUCCCUCUUGGAGGAGGGGUUUACAUCCAUAAAGGAUUUAAUAUACAGUACCUGACUACCUUAAGUGUAUGGUCAUAGGGCCAGUCCUGUGUACCCCACUUUGGGGCUUUCUGCCUGAGCAGCUGAGGGAGAAGCCUCAACAGGAAGAAGAAGGAGCUACCUUCAUCAAUAUUUCCUCUGCAGCUGAACUGGCUGGCAGGCAACCUGCAAUGAGGCACUGCUCAGAAGACCCCCACCUCUGCUGGACCUCCUGGCUCCUGGGAUUCAUCAGUCUCCUUCUCAAGUGUCCCUGUAUCUACUGGCAGAACACAAAGAAGAAAGGGCCCCUACCAUCACUGACAUCUAGAGAGAGUCAUGGAGAUGGAGGAGACAGUGCAAAGGGGAUCCGAGGAGGUUCUGUGUUGUUUCAUGUGAUCAAGAAGCAAGAAGCUGAACCAGAGGAGGUCGCAUGGGCCUUUGGCCCUGAGUCAAACUACAGAGUCCUGCUGCGAGUCCACCGUGGGGCAGACACUCCAACCUGGGUCAACCUCCAGGACAAGUACCAGCAGAGGGUCCAUGUGCCCAACAACUUGUCCCUGAAGAUUGAGAACCUGACCUGUGAGGACAGUGGACACUACCGGGCUCGAGUCAGCUUCCCUGGAGGAAUCGAACUUAUCCAGGUUUUCCUCCUCACGGUCUAUGAGCCUGUGCCCUUUCCCCAGAUUCUGAUGGGGUCAGCAUCCAUCACACCAGACCGGUGCAACGUCACCCUGGAGUGCAGAGCCUCUGGGGCCACAGAAGACCUGAAUGUGACCUGGGAGAACAAGGGCCUCCCCGAAGAAUGGGAGCAGAGAAGGACAUUAGAACCAGCCUCCAACUCACGCAUCCUGGCUGUCAGCUUGCCUACAGACCAGUCCAAUGUCAGCCUCGUCUGUGUGGUCAGCAACCCAGUGGGAAAUAAAACUGCCUCCUUCGACCUUGGGAAAGUCUGCGUCCAUGAUUCAUCCAACCAGGCCAAUACUAACCUCUGGCCAGGCAUCCUUGGGGCAGUUGCAGCUGUGUUAUUGAUCCUCGGAGGUGGACUGUACCUUUGGAAGACACGUAGGAAGAAGAUGGAGACUGGAAGAGGUGCAAGAUCACAAGAUGAUGAUGAUGACGAUAGCAGCCAGUAUGCAGAGCUGAGCCAGCAGGAAUCUCAACAGAGCUCGAACAAGGUUAUCAGAGAACAGCAUCUGAAAGAAAGGAUACCUCUCUCUACUAUCUACAGUGAGGUCUGUAAACCAGGUCAUGCUGUGAAGAUAAUUUAAUUGGAGGAAACAGAAGAACUGACAUUCCUAGGACACCUCCACCAGGAGCUUGAUCCCUGCAGACACCUGCCUCUUCCACCUCUCUGGUCCAGUUCCAACGGCCUUUAGUUUGCUGUAUUCUGAUCCUCCUGACCACCGUUACCUGGACCUAUGUGGUCCUACAACUUCCUCUGAUGCCCCUCCAAGCUGCCUCCCACUCAGGAUCCUCACAGUUGCAGAACAAGCCCUCCUCCUCUGCCAUUGAUUCAACUUCUGACCCCUCUCUUCUUGAAGCUUCCCAAAGAGGACCUUCCUGACUGUGUUAAUCCCCACAGCCUCUGGUGUGUGGUUGGUGUGUGUCUUUCUGAGAACCCGAUUCCAAGCAUGGGGACUGUGUGGAGAUGGUCCAUGCCACAGAGGAAGGAGUUAGGACCUUGGUGUUGGAUGCUGAGUUGGGGGUCCAUGGAGGCAGCACAUAUAGGUGGGAGCCCACAGAGGACUGGCCUGAGGCUUUCUCUGUGCCUCACAUGGGGCGAAGUCUGUGUGCCCCACAGUACACUUGUAUUGGGAAGAGUGUGUAGUGUACAUUAUAUACCUUAUUCUUGGCUACUUGUGUUCACCUGGACUUUGGCCUCAACUCGGCCCAAGGGCCCCAAACCCACCUUCCUUUAAAGUUGAAAGAGGAAUCUGUACCCCUUCACCCCCUUCCAAGACUUAUGUUUCUCAGAAAAGAAUCCUAGGACCUCAAAGUCAGGAGUUGCAUUCUUAGAAAAAUAGCUCCAGCCUGUCACUUUCUUGGAUAGGAGUACUUGGUCAUGAAGAUGGAUGUCAGUAUCCUCCGACCAUCCUUGAUGAGGCUUCCAGGGGAUAGGAAGAGUAAAUUUUGUGGGAAGAUCUGAACCAGACCUCUCCAGUUGCUUCUAUUGAAGAGUCCUGCUGGCUUCGGUCUCUAGGUCAGCCUCUUUUUUACUCACUCACAUCCCUCUGUCGGGAAUGAUGGUUCUCUUUCCCUGCUCCUUGCUCCCACCCCUCACUACUGGAACCCUACCAUCCUGCCCAAAGCCCUCUUCCUAACCACAUGUUUCAUGAUGCUUUUCUGGUUCACAGAGGUUUAGACAUGGUCUCUCCUAUACUGACCUUUUCAAACACAUGACUGAGGCCCUGCCACAGUCAGCCGUGAGAUUGCUCAUGAGUCUUCCCUGCUAGAUUCACCUAGGGCUUCCUCAGGAGGGUAUUGGGGCCACAGGAAACCAGUGCCAAGGAGACAAGGACACGCCCCUCUGUCUGUGAAAGGUCUAAGCAACACUUCUUCCUAACUCCCAGGGGGACACAGCAAACUGAGCCCCAAACAAGAGAUUGCUGAAGAUUUUUCUGGUAGUGAAUCUACAGGGAAUCAAAGAUAGACAUGAUGACCUCCAGCAACCCCACCUGUCCCGGAGGUUGGAGGCAGGGAUAUCCCCACUCCACCAAUAGCCUCACACUGCCCGAAGACCUGUUUCAGCCACACUUUGGUGUGGGGGAGCUUAUCCUUUCUCUGGAGGUCCUCACCUCUUGGAAGCCCCUGCUUCCUGCCUUUGGCCCCAGCUCUUGGGUCAGAAGUGGGCUCAAUCUAGUACUGUGAGCUGCUGUGGCUUCUCAUCUGGCCCAGAUUCCUGGGUCACUUGGUUCUCCUCCUUGCUCAGCUCAGUUCAGCUGCCUCAUAUCUGCCUUCAGACUGUAUAAACGUGGUCCCUGCUGAGGGCCUGAGCAUUGUGAGCAAUACUAAGAGCCUGCUGGAUGGUGAACAGGUGAGGGAGGAGGGGGGGGAUCUGUAAUAGGACACCAUUUCUGAUCUCCUGUCCCUCAGGUGGAGCAGAAAACUGAGGGAGAGAUAGGCUCCAUCUCCUCAUGGACAUCUCAGGUAACUGAUCAUGGCUGGGCAUCAGUGCCCAUAAGCCCAAGAGCAUUGUAAGAUGGGACCAUCCAGUAGCCAUUCCCACCCCACCAAAAUUAGAAAAAGAUAAAAUGAAGGGACCUGGUUUCUUCUGAACCUGUAAUGAACCAGGGUUUGUUCCAUGCAUUUUAGAAAUAUUAUUCUUCUAAUUCUUACAAUGACACUCUAAGGUUGGUAUUAUUAUUCCUAUUGUGCAGGACAGAAAACCAAUAUCUCAAACUAGUUGGUGGUACAGCAAAACCUUAAUCUAACAAAGUUCAUAGCUUACCCCUUCAGCAUUAGUCACUGAAGACCUUGGAAUUCUCCAGUAUUCAGGUGGGAAUAUCCUCCAAUUUUUUUCUCUCCCAAGGAUCCCAGACUCUGACUGAGGUGCCUUAGUAUCCUCACUGAUAUGGAGCAGCUGGUAGUUAAAAAGGAAUUACUCCUGAAGUAGACAAUGUGGCCUUGGUGGGUGGGAAACAUAGAAUGAGAGACCUUGACUUCUGAUGCAGAUGAGACAUUUUAAGGGAAGACAUUUCUGCCCCUUGGGUCUCGGUCUUUCCUUGUAAGGUAUGUGUGGAUGUCAUCACCUCAUCUUCAGACCAGCUUCCCUUUUGCAAUGUUAUUCAUAAAAUCAUUCAACAUUCAAUAAA